AUGGACGGUGUCGACUGCGACUGGUGCCUGGUCUGCGACAAACGCACCUCCAGCGGUGCAACCUACUGCUCUGCAGAGUGUCGCUCCUCAGACCUCAUCUCCUCUUCAGCGUCCUCCUCUUCGUCGUCCGCAUCAUCCUCAAGCUUCAGCAUGACAGACCCGAACGGCGCUCUGCUGCCAGCGGCAGCAUCCUCGGUCUCGUCUCUUCACGACAACUAUCAGAUGCCACCCUUCGUUCGCAAGCAGCGGACAAGUAUACCCAACAUCUAUGCCCACUGCACCUCCAACCCGAACCCGCCUGGCUCGCUCUACCUCUCCCCUGGCGGGAACGGAUCCUCAGCACUGAGCCAUCACCUCCAGCAGCAACAGUCGUCCACGGCACCGCCAGCAAUACACCUCAGCAACCCAUUGCCCGGUUCAGCAGCUGCACAAUACCCGCUGUUCUAUGCGACUCUGAACGCACUCCGACCUAUCUCGCCCUCUGGUCCGCCGCAGGAUCAAUAA